GAAACAGAAAGUUUCCUCGCUGUUUGCGGUAUAAUAAUUCUUCUUUCAUAGCUGAGAAUACGUACGUAGCUGACAAUAAGUAAUGUGGCUUUGGAGACCUUUCUUCGUAGCAUUUUGCUGCACAUUACUUCGCAUUAGUGUCUGCCAAUCGAAUAUUUCUGAACUGACCGGAGAAAACAUUCUUAGUGUCUUUCGGUCCAUACUUGACAUGGAAUGCCCGGAAGGAGAAUGUGAUGCCCGUAGCCUUAUUUCCGAAGAAACUCGUGAUCAUUCCGCAGUCGAACAACCUAUAAGUGAAAAUGGCCAUGAAAUUCAGUCUGAAGCCCGGCGGCACAGACGCGAAGAUCUUGAAUUUUUUCCUGAAGAAAAGCAGGAUCACUCGGAAGUUGUGCAGUCUGAAAGAAGCGUAAAUGUUGACAUUGCUUCGAGUUUAGUUUUCUGUGAACAACUCAUGUCUACUAUUGAUGAAAUAGAGCUCAGACAUCCCGAAUUUAAGUCCGAAAAAUUUGAAUUACUUUCUAGAUUCAGAUAUUACUUGGCAGAAUACUCGCAGUUCUUUAAGGUAGAAUAUCCAGGAGCACCAGUCUUGAAAUUCCUAAAUCUUAUAUUGGCAGUUAUUGAAAAGAUAAAGUACGAUUACCAUAUGGGACUAGCUGAAGAGGCCUUUCUCACAAAAGACGUUGACGCUGAGAAACAGGUGGACGUUGCGACUUAUGUAUCUACACAAGCUCCAGAAGAAAUCAUAGCUGAGGAAGAAACUGAUAUCCUGUCACCAGGUUUUGUAGGUUCUGUUAGGGGAAUUCCUGGUGAACACUAUCCAAAUUACUCUGAAGUUCCAAUAACGUCUUUCACGUGUGAAGACAAGAAGUAUAUUCCAGGAUUCUAUGCAGAUCUGGAGACUGGCUGUCAGGUUUUCCAUGUCUGCUAUCAGCACCGAAGGGAGAGCUUUUUGUGUCCAGUUGGAACCACAUUUAAUCAGCCAAUUCUAGCUUGCGACUACUGGUACAGUUCUAAUUGUUCGUUAUCACCUUUAUAUUAUGACAUAAAUGCGCCAACUGAAGAAAUCGCGAAGCCUACAAGUGAAGUUGAAGCAACAAUUGGUGCUCUUAUAACUUCAGUUAUCGAAGGUGAAAAAACAGUUCCACCAAUAGAAGUGAAAACCGAUGCAAAGGUGGAGCAGAAUGAACUGGCUUCUAUAAUAAAGUUUUUACCUGUAAAAGCUGAAGUGCUUUCCUUUCCCGAAGAGCCGAAAGAAGUUCUGGUGGAAUCUCCAGUGCCUGUAAAAGACGUUGAGGAAACUGCUAGCAAGGUAUUUGACAGUUUAUUGUCGACAUCAACCCAGAUAGUGGGCAAAACUAGAGAUGUUGUUAAAGCUAUUCCUGAUGUCGGUGAUGCAGAAAUAGUCAAACAUGGUACAAUUGGCAAGGCUGCUGUUUCGGCGGUCCCAAUUCUCGGAAAAGCAAAGCUUGCCAAAGUUAAAAUUGCUACUGCUGCCGUCCCUUUUGUUGCAAAGACGAAACUUGCUGCUGGUGUCCCACUUGUGUCAAAGACUAAACUUGCUGCUGCUGCUGUCCCACUCCUAGCAAAGGCGAAACUUGCUGCUGCUGCUGGUGUCCCACUUGUGUCAAAGACUAAACUUGCUGCUGCUGGUGCCGCCAAGGCUAAAAUAGCUGCCGUCCCUUUUAUUGCAAAGACCAAACUUGCUGGUGCCGCCAAGGCGAAAGUCGCUGCUGCUGUCCCACUAGUUGCAAAGACUAAACUUGCUGCUGCAAGUGCUACCAAGGUUGCUGCUACCGCUAAAGCGAUCAAAGUAGCUGCUGCAGGUUUGCCGAAAUUUAAGGUAGCAAAAGCAUCGAUUCCUGUUGUGAAAGGUAAAAUGCUCGCUUUGCCGCUGGGAAAGAAAAAGUUUGCAGCUGCUGCUCUUCCGUUUAAAGUAAAAGCUGCAACGAAAUUUGUACCAGCUGUUAAACUUGGUGCUGCUGCGAAGUCUAAACUUGCCUUUAUACCUUUGAAAGCUAAAAUAGCAAAAGCUGCUGUAAUUUCUCCGGUGACUAAAAAGGCCUUGGCUUUGGCUUAUAUGAAGCUUAUGAAAGCUAAAAAGAUGGCCAUCAUGGGUUAGAUACUUGCAUUUUUAUGGACUAAUUUGUUAUUGUUACUGCUCAAGGAUUGUUAUGUAUUAAUUAUUUAAAUUUUAUAAAAUUAAUUUAUUUGA